UUAAGGAUAUUGUUUCAACCGAUAUCUUUAAAAAAAACUCAGACGUGAUGGGGUCUAACUGAUAAUGGCUCAAUAAUCAGUGGACAUAACCCUACCGUGCUAUACGUGUCGCUGCUCUGUUAGGGAAUUUAAUUUUAAAAUUGGCCACGUGUGUAUAAUACACUGUAUAAAAGAUACAAGCCUCAAUAUGUAUAAAAGAUACAAGUCUAUUGUUCAGGAGUCUAUGAUUUUGAAUUUAAUUGUAGUAUGAUUUUUCUUAAUUGUACUCUGAAAAAACUGUUGUGGGGUUAUGUUCAACUUUAUGUGUUGACAUUUAUUAACACUACAAGAAUAUAAUAAUUCAAAAAAAUAUUGUGGUGAUUCUAGUGAAAUUAAAGCCGUAUGGACCAAAUUACCACCAAGAAAAGCCGGCCGCAUCCAAAAUCACAAACAUUAAAAAAUGUCUGAAGAGUGGUGCAUUGAGCAGCUGGCAAAAUUGCAGAUAAAAGAACGUCGUUUGGAUACAUUGAAUGAAAUACGAGCAACAUUGAGUGGCCCAAACCAGGAAGUGAAUGUUUCUGCCAAAUUCUUGGCUUUGUUGGAUUCGAUUGAUGACUAUCGUGAUAGUCCCGAACAAAUGAAUCUCACGUGUGAUAUUCUUUGCAUGUGUAUGUCAAACUUGGAUAUCGACCACACUGAAAAAGUGAGCUAUUGUGACUAUUUGGAGAAAUGUUUGCAACACAAAAAUGAUGAUGUAAAAGUGUUGGCGCUAAACUAUAUUGAGCAGCGUGUCAAAGAUGUGAAUUGCAAUGAUUUGCCUGUCUCUAUGGCAAAUCUAUAUCAGUCAAACAUGGUUAUUGCGCUGGUAAACUGUCUGGAAUGUGAAGAGACAAAAGUGGCUACCGUUUCCACAACGAUUUUAUUGAAACUUUUGCCGAAAGCCAUCAACGACAACUCGAUCAAGUGUCGCUUAGAGCAAAUUUUGACGGGAAAAGAUUUAAUUCGAUGUCGUGUAUAUGAGCUUGCCGUCAAACUGAGUCAAACAUCUGUCGAAAAUCACGAAAAGUUUAAUUUCAUUUUGGAAAAACUGGUUGCUGACAUCGACACCGACGAUAUUCUUCUCAAGCUGAAUAUUUUGGGUCUAAUAUCGGAUUUGGCACAAACUGAUUACGGUCACAUCUACAUGGAGAACAAAAAUGUGUUCACAAAGGUUAUACGUGAAAUUGAAUUGUUGGACGAAAAUCCAUUUAAAACCAUUUUAGUGCCCGGAUAUCUAAAAUUUUUCGGUCACAUUGCAACAAUGCAACCAGCCAAAAUCAUUCACGGUCUCUCAAGCAUGAUCAAUUCACUUUUUGACUGCAUUCUCGAUGAAAAUGUAUCAGCGCUGCCCGUUGCUUUUGACACAUUUGGUCAUUUGGGUCGUUCGGCUGAAGGAAAGAUUCUAUUGGAUGAAACUCAUUCGGCAAGAAUGCACGAAGUACUGAAUGAUAUCGGAAAAUCAAUCCACAAUUUACCAACGCCAUUGAAAGUGCGUGCACUUAAUUGCUUAGAAAUAUUGUUCCAAUGCGAUCAGGCCAAUUCGUCAAACAAUCAAAUCAGCUCGAUUACUGAACAGUGGUUCACCAGUUUGACCGCAAACAAUCAGCUGGCAUUUGUUCAGGAAUUUUGUCGUAAUCCAUUUCCAGAAAUAAAAAUCGCCGCACUGGGACUUUUGCGGUCGAUUUGCAGUUAUUCGUGGGGGCAACGCGCAUUGAGCAACACAGCUGGGUUAAUUGAAUAUCUUUUUGAUCGAAAUUCGGAAUUUGAUAAGGAUAUUUUGUACGAAAAAUACAGCAUCAUCAAAAUGGUUGCCAACUCAACAGAGUUUGAUGAGAACACAAGCCAACAAAUUAAUCAGUACGUGAAAGAUGGCGUAUUUUAUGUGCAAGGUAUUAUGGAAGUUGCUGUUGAAAGAAGUUAAGCGUUUCAGUUCUUACAGUGAUCAAUCAUUGUAUUUGUUUAAUUUAAGAUGCAUUUUUACACGCAAAUAUUUGAAAAAUAAAAUAAACAUAAAACGAUCUUGUAAACUUA